AGACUGUUUGUUCCGGACAAGAGAAGAGGAAGAAGAAGAUUCUUAAUGGCUCGAAGCAUUUCUUACAUAACAGGCGCGCAGCUUCUCUCCCUCAGGCGCCGCCCAAAUAUUGCCAUUGUAGACGUCAGGGACGACGAGAGGAGUUCCGACGGCCACAUAGCUGGGUCCCUGCACUACGCCAGUGGCACCUUCACCGAUAAGAUCUCCGACCUGAUUCAAGAUGUCAAAGGAAAAGAUACCCUUGUUUUCCAUUGCGCUUUGAGCCAGGUCCGUGGCCCAACUUGUGCAAGGAGGUUUACCAGUUAUCUGGAGGAGAUGAAAGAAGACACAGGAAUAAAAAAUGUUUUGGUGUUGGAGCGUGGCUUCAAUGAUUGGGAGGCUUCCGGUAGACCUGUUUGCCACUGCACGGAUGUCCCUUGCAAGGGUGAGACUGCAUAAGGAUCAAGUGAAAAAUUCUUCUAGGCUGAAAAGGAAAUGUAUUGCCAUGGACCACGUACAUAUCCAAAUGAUGAAAAGAGAGCGGAAAGAGAUAAAGAAACGAAAGGACAUUGCCUUUCUCCCUCCAAUCCCAUCAAACAAAGCAAACCGUUGAUGUCAUUUUCUCAAUGCCUGCUGCCUUUGCAAUUUUGUUUGUUUUUGUUUAAGAAAGAAUAAAGAAAAUAAAUAUUCUCCUUCUGU